AUGGCAGUGAUGGCAGCCCUGUCGACAGUGCUGUCAGGACUCGAGGCAGAGGCCAAGUGCUCCAUCUGUCUCGAUUACCUGAGAGACCCCGUCACCAUCGAAUGUGGGCACAACUUCUGUCACUUCUGCAUCAGACAGUCCUGGGAGAAUCUACAGUACAGUUUCCCUUGCCCUGUCUGUCGUCACCAAUGCCAAGAGGGGACCUUCAGGAGCAACACCCAGCUGGGAAGGAUGACUGACAUCGCCAGGCUACUCCACAUCACCCGGAGCAAGAGGAAGAGGGAGGAAGAUUUGUCCCUGUGCGAGAAGCACAACCAGGUCCUGACGCUUUUCUGCGAGGAGGACCUAGAGGUGUUGUGUCCCCUGUGCACUCAGCCCCCUGACCACCAGGGCCACCACGUGAGACCCCUCGAGGAGGCCGCCUCUCAUCACAGGAAAAGGCUCCGCAGCUACAUGGAGCCCCUGAAGAAGCAAGUGGCGGACGUUCAGAAACUACUGGCCGCCCAAGACAGAGAACUAUUAGAACUGAGAGAGAAGGUGGAAAACCAGGCACAGAAAUUGUCCUGCGAAUUUGAGCACCUGACUCAGUUUCUAGAACAUGAUCAACGGGCAGUUUUCUCAAGGUUAGCUGAGGAUGAGAAGGACAUUCAACAGAAACUCAGUGCAAACAGAACAGCAUUUUCAGACCACAUUGCCACUGUCAAAGGUCUGCUAACGGAGGUGGCCGAGAAGAGUGUGAUGUCGGAAGUGAAGCUGCUGAGGGACAUCAGGAGCAUCGUGGGCAGGUGUGAAGGCCUGAAACCUCCAGCACUCUAUUCCUUCCAGCUAAAGAGAGAAGCGUGCUGUCUGCCUCCACAGAGUGCGGCUCUUCGAAAGAUUAUGCAGAGGUUUAGAGAAGAGGUGACUCUAGACCCCGAGACAGCACACCCUAAUCUGCUUGUCUCCGAGGAUAAGAAGUGUGUGACAUUCGUGAAGAAAAAGCAAAGAGUUCAUCGGAAUCCGAGGAGAUUUACAGUGUCUCCAGUCGUCCUGGGUUCUGAGGGAUUUGAUUCCGGCCGGCAUUACUGGGAGGUCCGAGUGGAGGACAAGCCUAAAUGGGCCGUGGGGGUCUGUAAAGACUCCCUUUCCAGGAAGGGAAAGCGGCCCCCAUCGGGACGGAACAGACGCUGGACAGUGCAGCUGCGGAACGGUGACUAUGUGGCUCAAGGUGCGGUUCCAGUCCCUCUGCUGCUGAUGGAAAAGCCCAGAGGGAUUGGUGUUUAUCUGGACUAUGAGCUGGGCCAGAUUUCCUUCUACAAUUUGAACGACAGGUCUCACAUCCAUUCCUUCACUGAUACAUUUUCUGAAGUUCUGAAGCCUUAUUUCUGUGUGGGACGUGAUUCAAAACCUCUUACCAUCUGUGCAGUAACAGGCUGUGAAGGAUGA